AUCAUUUCUGUUCCCAGGUUUGACUUGUUUUUCCUUUUUCUGUCUCCUACUGUGUACCUGCUUGGAAUGUAAUUCUAGUUUAUUGUCUGCUGGAUUUCGAGGGAUUUCGAUUUUGCGAGGCGAGUGGUGCUUGUGAAUUGUAGAACUAUGAUGAGAUCACUGACAUUAGUUCUGUUUUUGCUUGGCUUUUCAGAUCAUUGGAGGUUGGGCCGUUGGCGUGUGAUGAGAGGGAGCUUGUUGGAAAGAGGGAAUUGAAGAGAGAGGCUGGGUUUGAAUGAUGGCUAACAAGAGAUCUGCUAUAAAUUGUCUGAGCUGUGCACAGGUCUUUACGGUGUUUGUAUUUAUCUAUGUGGCACGACUUUUGCAUGGAUAUACUAAUCCUGCCGACGUUGCUGCAAUUAAUUGUUUAUAUGCUGCACUUGGAUACCCGUCGCUUCCUGGAUGGGUUCCCAAUGGUGGAGACCUAUGCACUGAGUCUUGGCAAGGAGUUCUAUGUAACAAUACAAAUAUUAGUUCAAUAAUUCUUAUUGAUGCAAAUUUGGGAGGGGAGCUAGGCGACUGCUUAAGCUCAUUUUCUUCUAUCAAAGAAAUACAACUGGGCAACAACAACAUUGGGGGUAGCAUUCCUUCCAAUCUUCCAGUGACCUUGCAGAUGCUGUCUCUCGAUGGCAAUCAAUUGACUGGAGGCCUUUCGAGUCCUUAUAGGGUUGUUCAAUAUAGAUUUAUCGAGCAACAAUUUGAGCGGGCAACUCCUACCCUCACUGGAAAAUUUGUCAUCUCUGACCACUCUAAUAAUCAGCUUUCUAGGACUCUUGAUAUUCUACAAGAUCUUACACUCAAAGAUUUGUACUCUUCUCAACCAGGACACUUUCAUGGAAUGCUUAUGUUCCCAGAAAAAUAA